AUGUGCUCCCGUAUCGCUUUGGAUGUAGGACACAUUGGUGUAUCACCCGUUUUAUCGCACAUGUCUGGUUGUUGCUUCGACAUUUUGUCAUCAAUAGAAUCGCAAUUUACUGCUUCGACAUCAGAUGGCCCAAGCAAUGGCAAGUGCGAGAUGCCUAAGUUUUCUAAGGCGCUGGAACGAUUACAGAAGCGAUUCUUGCGUAAAUUGAUGGCAUUGGGGUGUAUGUCACAGGAUCUUAGAUGGAAGCCAGAUGGAGAUGUCAAAUCGGUUGUGCCUUUCAGCGGUCGGAUAAAAAUGGUUCCCACCGUUUUGUUCCCCUUGCCUUUUCCCGCUGUACCUUUUAGCACCAGUGUUAGUUUCAUGCCUAGACUGUUGCGGUUGUUUGACCGUGUGAGCUGUGACGUACAGUGGCUCUGCAGGGAGCUGGAGUCCCUGAGAUCAGUUGACCCAUUCAUGGCUGGACUGCUAGACAUAUGCCACGAGGUUUACGUCUCCGGCAAACGCCAUUUACAUAAUGACAUACGAGGUUAUGUUACACGUGCGGAUUAUUUGUUGCACGUAGAGAGGCAGCAAAACACGCCUGGUGCGACUUGUGACACUGGCAAAGCAGACUAUUGCCGUAUAUGUCAUUGUGAUGUAUGCCUAUGCAAACUAGGAGCUGUGGUUGACUCUACUACGGUAUGUGGCUCCGAUGUCAGUAGUAUUUCUGAUGUUAGUGGAGCCAUUUCUAUGAAGUUGGUUGAGAUGAAUACGGUAUCAUGCGCGUUGGCACAUUUAUCGGGACUGGUGUCACGUGCUCACACUGACUGCGUAGAAACCAUGUUAUGUCAUCGUGAACCAAUGGAAACUAUGAAGGGCAUGGAUCUGAUUUCCGGUUUCCGGAAACAUCACAUCCAGAACACGCCUCUAGAAGGCAUUGUCGACACGCUCGCUACUGCUCACUCUCACUAUAUGAAACGAUACUGUACCACGACGGAUGCGACGGCUCCAUGUGUAUUACAAGUGGUAACUGAAGAUCUCGGGAAUUUUUUCGAUGUUUAUGCCGUGGCCGACUCACUGUUUGAGAACUACGGCAUAGUUGUCGAGGUGGCAACAAUGAGUGAGCUUUGCAAUUGGUUGCGUGAAGGCAGGCUUUUCAUAUGCUCGUCAUCAGAUUCUGAGCCACAUACCAUCGGAGUCACCGACAAAUUGCACCCUGGCAAACUGUUCCUUGGUAGGCCAUCAUUCAACGUGAAUGAAAAUAAUGAGGUCACGUUGACCGAAAUUAGUGUGGUCUACUACCGUAGUUGCUACUCACCGGACCAGAUGUCGUGUGACCGUGACAGUUGGUUUGUACGACUAUUGUGUGAAUACUCGGAUGCUGUGAAGUUUCCCUCUGUGCCUACACAGCUUGCCGGGAGCAAACGUGUUCAGAUGCUAUUGUGCGACCCAGCAACUUCUUCUAAACUGUCUGACGAAUUUACUACGGGUUUAGACCCCUCAAACUCAGAAGACGACCUGAUCACAUUUCGCAAGGUUAAUGUGCAACAGGUAGACCCAUCUCUUCGGGUCAAUGACGAUGUUGUGAAUGAGGCCAUAAGGAAUCCUGCGGAUUUCGUUCUUAAAUCACAAUCAGAGGGUGGCGCGGAGCUGUUCGUUUACGAUGAGCUUGCGGCUAUCCUUCGAGAUGGACUUAUGCGAGACCGUAGCCAGCUUUCGAAAUAUGUUCUUAUGCGUCGCAUCAGGUCACCGGUGCAACGUGCUGCUUUUGUUAAGAACCCCUCGGAAGGCCUAUUUUCGUUUACUGUGGAACGUUCAGUUACCGAAGUUGGCAUCUAUGGGUGUGCCGUCUUUUCUGGCAACGAUGUGCUCAAGGACGAGUGUAGCGGUUAUCUUACACGCACUAAAAACGAAACAACUGCUGGAGGAGGUGUAUGUUCUGGAUGUGCUGCUAUCAGUUCACUUAUGUUCUUUUAA